AUGUCUGAGAACGACCACGACGUUGAGCGCUACCUGCGCGAGAACCACCAGCGUCUCUUUGAGAACAACAAGAAGUGGGCCGAUGAGAGGCUCAAGCAGGACCCCGACUUCUUCAAGCAUCUCGCUGCUGGCCAGUCCCCCGAGUAUCUCUGGAUUGGAUGCAGUGACUCUCGUAUUCCCGCCGAGGCAAUCACUGGUCUCCAGGCUGGUGAGGCCUUUGUCCACCGAAACAUUGCCAACCUGGUCAUCAGCACCGACCUCAACGUCAUGAGUGUCAUCAACUACGCUGUGCGCCAUCUCAAGGUCAAGCACAUUGUCGUCUGCGGCCACUACGGCUGCGGAGGUGUCAAGGCCGCCAUGACCCCCAAGGACAUGGGCCUGCUCAACCCCUGGCUGCGAAACAUCCGCGACGUCUACAGGCUCUACGAGAAGGAGCUGGAUGCCAUUGAGGAUGAGAAGAAGCGAUACGACCGCCUGGUCGAGCUCAACGUCAUGGAGCAGUGCCGCAACGUCAUCAAGACGGCUGACGUGCAGUACUCGUUUGAGGAGAACCGAUAUCCCAUUGUUCACGGCUGGGUCUUUGGCUUCGAGGAUGGCCGCAUUACCGACUUGAACGUCGACAUGAAGAAGAUGCUUGGAGACAUUCAGAAGAUUUACAACUUGACUGACUAA